AAUCAAUACCCCCGAAAAGAAAAAGAGAACUACUGAGUACUUCUCAUUCUUGCCUCUUUUUCUAUUCAUUUAUUUAUUAAUUAUUAAUGCUCAUUCCCCCAUCUUCUUAAUUUAAUAUAUCCUUCUACAAAUUCAUUCUUCUUCUCUUUUUUUUUUUUUUUUUAAAUAUAAUCUAAUAAAAGCAGUCUCAGAUCACAGACAGAAAGAGACGUAUCUCUGAGAUCUCCAUACGAAACCAAAAAAAAAAAAAAGAGAAAGCUUCUGCUUGAUUUCGUCUUUGAUCCAUUAAAAUAAUAAUUGAUAUUAUAGAGGUUAUGGGCUCCAACGCGAUCUACUUCGUCAACCACACAAACACUUUCUCACCAUCUCUGCUUCUUCUUCACUCUCAUUCUCAACCAUUCCCAUCAGCCUUCAAAACUAAUCUGCCUAUACGACGUCGUUUCCAUGCCUCCGAUCGCCCUCUUCCCGCGCCGCUGGCGGCUUCCUCCGGUGCUCACUCUCUCAAUUCUUCCCCGUCAAUAAGUAAGGUGUAUACAGUUGGUGAUUUUAUGACUCGAAAGGAGAAUUUACUGGUUGUCAAACCAACGACAACUGUAGACAAAGCUCUAGAAAUGCUUGUGCAGAAGAGGAUAACUGGAUUUCCUGUUAUUGACGAUGAUUGGAAACUGGUCGGCGUUGUUUCGGAUUAUGAUUUACUAGCACUAGAUUCCAUAUCAGGUGGUACUCAGUGUGACACGAACUCGCUGUUCCCCAAUGUUGACAGUUCUUGGAAAACUUUUAACGAGUUACAAAGGCUGCUUAGCAAGACCAAUGGUAAAGUUGUUGGUGACUUGAUGACUGCUGCUCCACUCGUUGUUCAUGAAACGACCAACCUUGAAGAUGCUGCGAGGUUGCUACUCGAAACAAAAUAUCGUCGAUUGCCCGUUGUAGAUGGUGAUGGCCGGCUGGUUGGAAUCAUUACAAGGGGAGGUGUUGUUAGAGCUGCUCUCCAGAUAAAGCGUGGUAAUGAAAAACGAGCAUAGUUCAGAAAAUGAGCUUGGAAAUAUUGCUCCUAUACGUACAUAUACAUAUACAUGAUCGAGCUAAACAAAUGAGGUCGCUCGGAGGCCAUUCAUAUCAUUUAAAAAGGAAGAUGAUUGUUUUCCUAAAUGGAGAUCUGACUUUGUUUCUUGGUCACAGUUACUUUCUAUGUUAUAGUUCUCUACUCCAAGUUUGCACAUGUAGCUAUCGGUAUAGUUAGGCUAGUAUAUCUUAGCAACAUUGUUUACGAUUGGAUUUUAACUAGGGCUAUACUGUGCAAAAUUUUGUACUAUAGACUUAAUUAAGACUGCUUAUUGAAAUGUUUACAUUUUUUUAUUAAAUAAAUCACAAGAUUAGAGCAA